UGCUUGGUGUCCGCACGCAGGCGAGGGAAGGAAUCCGAGGGACGCGCGGUUUUGUUCGUAGAGAGAGCGCGAGAGUGCUCGCGACCGGGCCAUGGAGCCCCUGCCCCUGGAGCCCCCGCCCGCCCCCGCCCCCGCCGCCCCUCAGUACCCCGCCGAGAACGGCGCGGCAGACCAGUACCCCGAGGGCAGCGCGGUGGCCCUGCCCAGGAUGUUCCCCCUCGACGCCGCCGCCGACAAGAUGUUUCCCAACGAGAACGGCGCCGGCGCCACCUCGCGCCUCUACCACAGCGACGACAGCGCGGUGCGGCGCAUGUACCAGCGGGAGAGCGGCGCCCUCCGCAGGAUGUACCACAGCCUCAGCGACUACGGGAUGUACCCUGCCUACCUCUCCGGCCUGGGGCUCUCCACCAUAGCGCCCAGCGAACCAGGUGACGCUGUCUGUGGGGGGAGUGGCACGCGUAGCCCCGCCCACGCCUAUCAGCCGGCAGCAGCCGCCACGCCCACGUCGUCCAUGCCCCGCCUCCACGCCUCGAGCAGCGGGCUGGGCGGCUCGGCGUCCCGACUGAGCGCAGGAGCGGCAGGAGGCGCCGCCGGCUCCUACCCCGGCCUCGCAGGGAGCAGGCUGGGGGGGUCCUACACGGGCCUGGUGUCCUCGGCGUCCUCGGGCUACGGGUCGACCGCGGGGGGCGUGCUCCCCGCCGCGCCCUCGCGCCACGAGGACUCCGAGGACCUCUCCGACGUGUCCUCGGGCGCCACCUCCGAGGACUCGGCCAGAAGAAGACGACGUCGCUCGGCGCAGUCAGCCAAAGGGGGAAUGAGGACUUCGAGUGGGUGCGCGCGUCGCCCAUGCUGACGGGGCUCCUGGAGGGCCACGUCACGCGGCUGGCCACGCCCCCCGACCACCGAGGACUCCGGACCAGCCUGGCCACGCCGCCCGAGUCCGGCGAGGAGGGCGGCGGCGGCGGCCCCGCGCACCGCCACCGCCAGUACCCGCGGCCCCCACCGCGCGCCGCGCCGCGCACGCUGGAGCCGACGGACCUGGUGCCGCACCGCCCCCUCAGGGACGGCCUCAGGGACUCCCGCGACCGCCUGUACUCGCCGUCGCGCGACCUGGCCGGCCACCGCCGCUCCAGGGACUCGUCCGUGGAGCGCAGCGGCCGCGACUCGUCGUGCGAGCGCGGGUCGGUGUCCAGCCUGCACCAGCACGCCCACCACCACCACCACCACGCCCCCGGGCCCCGCCUGCCGCACCACGCCUGCGACUGCCCGUCCUGCUGGUGCGACGAGGACGAGCCCGGCUACGACUCCUGCGACGAGCGCCACCACCACCACCGCCACAGCUACCACGAGGGCCUCCACCACGCCCACCUGCACUCGCUGCCGCCGCACCACCACCAGACGUGCGGGCGCGAUGCCGCGCGCGAGCGGCGGGCGCGCGGGCAGGGCUCGGGCGACAGCGGGCGGUCGUCGCCGGGCUGCUGCCGCCACUGCCACCCGCUGGGCUCGCUCAGCUCGCUCUCCAGCCACGACUACUGCGCCAACAGCCGGCUGGCGCUGCCCUGCGCCUCCAAGGUGGGUGGCGCCCUCGCCACGCUCCAGGGGGCGCGCCGACAUCGCCGCCUCGACUCAGACUACAUCGCGUUGUGGAGCUGCCACUCCCCGCCGGUACGUGCCGCCCACGCCAGGCUGCCCACACCAGGGCGCCCGCACUGCCGCCCGCGCGCCGGCGCCCGGCCUCCCCUCAUGCCUAGCCACACCCGCCGCGGGCGAGAACCCUUGUCCCGGCGCCGCGACUCGCCCGAGCCGCGGGCGGGCAUGGGCGCGGCGCGCGGCGGGCGCGUGCUGUCGCUGGUUGCCGUGGCGCUAACGAUGAAGUUCUGCAUUGAGGUGGCCAUGUCCUCGGCGAGCACCCUGGUGGGGCUGCGGUGUGCUAGCCCCUCGGCAGGCGCCGACGGGGCUCUGAGCCGGUGUUCGGGCUUGCGGAAGAAAGGCUCCCUGCCGCGCUUUCCCAAGACGGUGUGCAUUGAAGUGAGACUUUUGUUUAGACUAACACGAAUGUACCACUUUCUUCAAAUGUGA